GAGAGGAGGGGGGCCCUGCCUCUAAAAUGAGUCUCUCUGGGGAGAGAGAGGAGGGGGGCCCUGCCUCUAAAAUGAGUCUCUCUGGGGAGAGAGAGGAGGGAGGCCCUGACUCUAAAAUGCAUCUCUCUGGGGGACAUGACACCAAAGCUAAGAGUCCAAUCAAGCAGGAGAGACCAGCCUCCCCUGUUCCCAGCUGUGUGUCCAUGAAGAGUGACUGGUCUAUGGAUCGUCCUAUAUUCUUUAGAGAGGGAGACUUUUCUACUGAACAAAGAAACCAACAGGAGAGAUCAGAGUCAGAGAUUCUCAGUGGUCAGUCUUCCCAGAGUCAUCAAACAGACCUGGCCUCCAUAUUCAUUUUGCUUGAAGAGAAAAUUAUGACAUUUGUGAAGAACGAGCUGAAGAUGUUCAAGAGGAUUCUUAGUCCAGAACUCCCAGAAGGCUUUGAGAGUCAGAAGCAGGAUAAGGAAGUGGUGGAUGCUGAAGAUGAGAAGCAGGAGAGCAGUGCCAGAGAGGGGGCUCUGAAGAUCACACUGCACGUCCUGAGGAAAAUGAACCAGAAGGAGCUUGCUGACACACUGGAGAAAUAUUCAGAUGAGCUUGCUGUGAUUUGCCAACGUGAACUCAAAUCUAAUCUAAAGAAGAAGUUUCAAUGUGUAUUUGAGGGGAUCGCUAAACAAGGAAACGCAACACUUCUCAAUAAGAUCUACACAGAGCUCUACAUCACAGAGGGUGGAACAGGAGAGGUCAAUAAUGAACAUGAGCUGAGACAGAUUGAGACAACAACCAGGAAACAAGCAAGACCAGAGACUGCAGUCAAAUGUAACGACAUCUUCACACCCUUAACUGGACAAGACAAACGUAUCAGAACUGUGCUGACAAAGGGAGUCGCUGGCAUUGGAAAAACAGUCUCUGUGCAGAAGUUCAUUCUGGACUGGGCUGAAGGAAAAGCAAAUCAGGAUGUCCAAUUUGUAUUUUCAUUCCCUUUUCGGGAGCUGAAUUUGAUGAAAGAGGACAAACACACUUUCAUUGAACUUCUCAAUCACUUCUCAAUGGAAACCAAAGAAUCAAGAAUCUCCAACUACGACAAGUACAAAGUUCUGUUCAUCUUUGAUGGUCUGGAUGAGUGCCGACUGCCCCUAGACUUCCAGAAGAACAAGAUAUGUUGGGACGUCACAGAGUCAACCUCAGUGGAUGUUCUGCUGACAAAUCUCAUCAAGGGAAAUCUGCUUCCCUCUGCUCUCCUCUGGAUUACUACCCGACCUGCAGCAGCCAAUAAGAUCCCUUCAGGGUGUGUUCACCAGGUGACAGAGGUACGAGGGUUCAAUGACCCACAGAAGGAGGAGUACUUCAGGAAGAGAUUCAGUGAUGAGGACCUGGCCAGCAGAAUCAUCUCACACAUAAAGACAUCAAGGAGCCUCCACAUCAUGUGCCACAUUCCAGUCUUCUGUUGGAUUUCUGCAACAGUCCUUGAACACAUGCUGGAACAUAAGAAAGAAGAGAUGCCCAAGACUCUGACUGAGAUGUACACACACCUUGUGGUGUUUCAUACCAAACAGAAGAAUGAAAAGUAUCUUGGGAAAGAAGAGACAGGUCCACACUGGAAUAAAGAGAGCAUUCUGUCACUGGGAAAACUGGCUUUUCAACAGCUUGUGAAGGGCAAUCUGAUUUUCUAUGAAGAAGACCUGAAAGUGGCUGGUAUUGAUGUCAAGGAAGCCUCAGUGUACUCAGGAUUGUGCACACAGUUCUUUAAAGAGGAAUGUGUGCUGUACCAGGACAAGGUGUACUGCUUUGUGCAUCUGAGCAUUCAGGAGUUUCUGGCUGCUGUAUAUGUGUUCCUCUCAUUCAUCAACAACAAUGAGAAUCUAAUGGACAAACUGCAAACAAAGUCCAGUGUCUUUUCUCUGCUGUUCGGAAACUCUGAAGUUACUUUCUACAAGAGUGCUGUGGAUAAAGCCUUACAAAGUGAGACGGGAAACCUGGACCUUUUCCUCCGCUUCCUUCUGGGCCUCUCACUGGAGUCCAAUCAGAAGCACUUACAAGGUCUACUGACAAAGACAAGAAGCAGCUCACAGACCCAUGAAGAAACAGUGAAGUACAUCAAGGAGAAGAUCAGGGAGAAUCACUCUCCAGAGAGGAGCAUCAAUCUGUUCCACUGUCUAAAUGAACUGAAUGACCAUUCUCUAGUGGAGGAGAUCCAAAGCUUCCUGAACUCAGGAAGUCUUUCAGAAGACGAACUGUCACCUGCACAGUGGUCAGCUCUGGUCUUUGUGUUGCUGACUUCAGAAAAGGAGCUGGAUGUGUUUGACCUGAAGAAAUACUCCAGAUCAGAGGAAGGUCUUCUGAGGCUGCUGCCAGUGGUCAAAGCCUCCAGAGCUGUUCUGCUGUCAGGCUGUGGAGUCACAGAGGAAGGCUGUGCUUCUCUGGUCUCAGCUCUGGAGUCAAACCCCUCACACCUGAGAGAGCUGGACCUGAGUAACAAUGACCUGAAGGAUUCAGGAGUGAAGCUGCUCUCUGCUGUACUGGGGAAUCCCCACUGUAAACUGGAGACUCUGAGGCUGUCAGGCUGUCUAGUCACAGAGGAAGGCUGUGCUUCUCUGGUCUCAGCUCUGAGGUCAAACCCCUCACACCUGAGAGAGCUGGACCUGAGCUACAAUCACCCAGGAGACUCAGGAGUCAGACUGCUCUCUGCUGGACUGGAGGAUCCACACUGCAGACUGGAGAAACUCAAGUAUGUAGAGGGUUUAUGUCAAUGUUCAUAUCAGACAUGUUUGACUUAUCAGGCUGGUUAAGAUAAACAUUC